CCACUGCGCCACCAGGGAAGCCCCUCCUUUUACUUUUUUAUACAUAGGAACAGUUUUCCAAUUUUGCAAUCUUAGUGUAAUUGUAACAGCUCUGUUCCUCCUCAGAACAAAACUUAAGAAAUAUUUCUACAGGUUGCUUCAUCAUCACACGAUUAUUUUUAUGUUGUAUAGUUUCAAACAGAUGUAGUUAUUUAUUUACUUCUCUAUUUUUAGCCAUAUUGUUUAUAUUCAACAUUUUAUUACUAUAUACAGUGUUUCAAUAACUUUGUGAAUAUAACAUUUGCAGUUUUACAUUUCCUCAAUAUAAAAAUUACCAGCUUAUUUGCUUUUUGUCAUUGGUUACUUCGGUGAGACAAGUUACAUUGAAGCUCUGCAUCUUAUAACAAAAUUUCUAAAGAGGUGAGGAAUGAAUGUGGGUUAGGACUAGAGAUAGAAGUUUAUGAAGUAUUUUCAGACAUAGAUUUAAUAGAAACCAGAGGGUGUAACAAAGAAUUAAGAACUGAAAGAAUGAUGUUUAUACUCUGUUUUGCUUUUCUUUAUAACGCGUAUCAAUUCCCAGUAUAUAUUAGUACCUUUUUUUUUCCUAUUAAAUUUCUCCCAUAAUAAAAUGUCAGCUCCACGGGUGGGGAUUUUUGCACGUUCACAGUUGCGUCCCCAGCAUCUACAACAGUGCUUGGCACACAGUAGUCGCUCAAUAAGUGGCGAAUGAAAGGAUAGGGAGGACAGAAGAAACAGAGAGCAAAGAAAGAAAUCCCGAGCACAUUAUCUCUUAACUACGCCCGCAUCCUCCCGGGGUCCCCCCCUCCGGCGGGCCCCAGCCCUCACACCCAGCCUCAACCAGCUGCGUUUUUCCAGCACCGGGCCUGGAGCCCCACCUGCUGCGCCCGGGCGCGAGCCCGACCACCGCGCAUGCGCAACACAGCCGCGUCCGCUAUUCGCGGCCGACGCGUGCACCGAGCCUGGACGCCUCCGCGACGCGAGCAAGCUGCACCUGCGCAGUUCGAGCCGGCCAAUCCAGGUCCGGGCUGGAUUCGGUGGCGGGGGCGGUGGGUCGGACGGCCUGAGAGGGCGGGGCGAGUGCGAGUUCUGGGUCGCAAGGUCGGGGUGUUUAAGGAGCGUGGCAGAGACGACGCGAAAGGACGAGGCAGGAAGCAGCUGUCUGCCCGGCCCCCCCGCGGCGAGCAGUCCCAGGAUGCUCCGCGCCGCACCGCGCCUGGCCCCGGACUCCAUUUCCCAGCAGCCACUGCGGCUGGCGCCGACAGCCUGCCCGAGCGCUUUGGCCCCUUUGUGAGUCCGCCCGUCGGGCCCGAGAUCGAGUCCACGCCCCGGCCGCAGAGCGCUCAGCUCCCAGUCUCCGCGAACGGUGCGGAACGAAGUGCCGACUCUCGGGGAGAAAGCGGUGAGGAGCCCGGGCUCUGUUUUCUCUGGACACUGCCCUUCUCCCAAAGAGAAGCCAGAAGGAGGAGGACAGAAGGGCUGUCCUAAAUUCUUAAAGCCAUGCCUGAGGAUUUGGUGACAUUUGGGGAUGUGGCUGUAGAUUUCUCUCAAGAGGAGUGGGAAUGGCUGAACCCUGCUCAGAGGAAUUUGUACAGGAAAGUGAUGUUGCAGAACUAUAGGAGCCUGGUAUCACUGGCAGGAGUUUCAGUUUCUAAGCCAGAUGUGAUCUCAUUAUUGGAGCAAGGAAAAGAGCCCUGGAUGGUGAAGAAGGAGGGGACAAGAGGAGCAUGCCCUGAUUGGGAGUAUGCAUUUAAAAACAAUGAAUUUUCAUCAAAGCAAGUUAUUUAUGAGGAAUCAUCCAAAGUAAGGACAAUGGGAAGAAGCCAUCUUAGUUAUAACCUUGACUGCUCCAGUUUGAGAGAAGACUCUAAAAAUGAGGACUGGUUUAAGAACCACUUGGGAAGUCAGGAGAUACAUUCUAGUCAAUUGAUCAUCACUCAUAAAGAAAUCCUGACUAAAGAUCAAAGUAAUGAAUAUACUAAAUCUUGGCAAACUUUCCAUCAGGAUGCAAUCUUUGAUAUAAGGCAGAGUUUUCCCACCAAAGAAAGAAUACAUAAGCAUGAGCCACGAAAGAGAAGCUACCGGAAAAAAUCUGUUGAAAUGAAACGUAAGAAAGUCUAUGUAGAAAAGAAACUUUUGAAAUGUAAUGAAUGUGAGAAGGUUUUCAACCAGAGCUCAUCUCUUACUCUUCAUCAGAGAAUUCACACUGGAGAGAAACCCUAUGCAUGUGUUGAAUGUGGGAAAACCUUCAGCCAGAGUGCGAACUUAGCUCAACAUAAGAGAAUACAUACUGGAGAGAAACCCUAUGAAUGUAAAGAAUGUAGGAAAGCCUUUAGCCAGAAUGCCCAUCUUGCUCAACAUCAGAGAGUUCAUACUGGAGAGAAACCUUAUCAGUGUAAAGAAUGUAAAAAAGCCUUCAGCCAGAUUGCACACCUGACUCAACAUCAGAGGGUUCAUACUGGGGAAAGACCUUUUGAAUGUAUUGAAUGUGGAAAGGCCUUUAGUAAUGGCUCAUUUCUUGCUCAGCAUCAGAGAAUUCACACAGGAGAGAAGCCUUAUGUAUGUAACGUGUGUGGGAAAGCCUUCAGCCAUCGAGGAUACCUAAUUGUACAUCAGAGAAUUCAUACUGGAGAGAGACCCUAUGAAUGUAAGGAAUGUAGGAAAACCUUCAGCCAGUAUGCACACCUGGCUCAACAUCAGAGAGUUCAUACUGGAGAGAAACCUUAUGAGUGUAAAGUAUGUAGGAAAGCUUUCAGCCAGAUUGCAUACCUUGAUCAACAUCAGAGGGUUCAUACUGGAGAGAAGCCCUAUGAAUGUAUCGAAUGUGGGAAGGCCUUUAGCAACAGCUCGUCACUUGCACAACAUCAGAGAAGUCAUACCGGAGAGAAACCUUACAUGUGUAAGGAAUGCAGGAAAACAUUUAGCCAGAAUGCAGGCCUUGCUCAACAUCAGCGAAUUCACACUGGAGAGAAACCUUACGAAUGUAACAUUUGUGGGAAAGCCUUUAGCUACAGUGGAUCUCUUACCCUACAUCAAAGAAUUCAUACUGGGGAAAGACCCUAUGAAUGUAAGGAUUGCAGGAAAUCUUUCAGGCAGCGAGCACACCUUGCUCAUCAUGAGAGAAUUCAUACCAUGGAGUCAUUCUUGACUCUUUCCUCCCCCUCACCCUCCGUGUCCAGUCAGUUGCCAAGACCUGUAGGUUCUAUCUCCUAAAUAUGCCUUGAAUCUGACUCUAAUUAAUUUCCAUUCUGUCACCUUUGUCCAGUACACAAUAAUCUAUCUGACAUGGACUAUGGAAAUAACUCUCUAAUUGAUCUCCGUGUUUACCAUUUCCUGCUAGUAGUGCAUAUUACGGUCAAACUUGUGUUUAAAAAGUUUAAUCAUAUCACUUCUCCAUCAUUAAAACCCUUCAUUGGCAUCCCAUAGGUCUUAGGUCAAGGCACAUAUUCCUCAAAAUAGCCUAAAAGACCUCCAACCCCCAAUACUUUGUUCCAGUCUACAUUUCAGAGUCCCAUCUCAUGUUAUCCACCUCAUUCUUUGGCUAAUUAUCAACAUUAAGAAUUUACAGUGCAGCAUCAAAUAGAUCUGGGUUCCAAUUCUUACUCUUCCAUUUUCUGGCCCCCUAGUUUUGGAGAAACCUUUUGUCCCUUGUAAGCUUCAGUCUUUUUAUUUAUAUUAUGGAAAAUAAUAAUGGUACUACCUCAAGUUAA